GUUCAAUGGAAGACCAAUAAACUUAAGGUCAAAAACAUCUGAACAAUUGUUGGUUAUUAUGUUCUUUAUAUGUAUAUCAAGUAAAUUGAAUCUAGUAGAAGACCAAUAAAGAUACUGUUAUAUCAUUGACAAAAUAAAUAACAUUUUAGUAAAAUACUAUUGAUAAAGAAUUAUUCUCGUCACAAAAUCAUAAACCAUUGACAGAAUAAUAACAAAUGUUUCGGUGUACUCAAAUUAAUGGUGUAAACAAUGCAGUAAAGUUAUUUGGAUUAUGCUCUGUAUGUAUAUGGACUUUAUUUAUCAUUUCAAAACACAUUAUUCAUAAUCAACCUGAAUUAACACAACUAAUUGAUAAAUUAGAAGAAAUUCCGAAAUUAUCUACUGAUGCCGAUUUACGCAAUCUACCGUUGAUAUUUAUUGGAGGUCAUCAAAGUUCAGGUACUGGAUUAUUACGUGUUCUACUGGAUGUUCAUCCAAUGAUUCGAUGUGGUCCAGAACCAGUAGUUACAAGACAAAUAUUAAAACUCAGGCCGAAGAAUCGAAACGGUCAGGAUCGGCUUUCACAAUCUGGUGUCACACAAAGUGUACUUGAUAAUGCUAUUGCUGGUUUCAUUGUAUCAAUACUGAAGAAUAUGGGACCACCUGCUGAUAGGUUAUGUCAUAAAGAUCCUUCAUCUUACAUAUAUUUAAGGUAUUUAAGUGAAUUAUUUCCGAAAGCUAAGUUCAUUCAUGCAGUACGUGAUGGAAGAGGAGCUAUAAUGUCGACAAUAAUCCGUAGAAUAAAUCCAACAUAUACUUCGGAUAAUAUUCCUGAAGCACUUAACCAAUGGACGGCCUAUACAUCACAAAUGAUAGAAGACUGCCAACACAUUGGAAUUCAUCGAUGUAUGACUGUACGUUAUGAGUGUCUUGUCAUAAAACCAAAGAGAGAGAUUCAAAAAAUCCUUAGUAAGAUUCAACUUGACCACAUGCUCACAUGAAUAUUUUACAGAUAACUAUGCUAAAAAAUUACUUUGAUUCACACGAACAAAAAGGUUUCAUUAGAAAGGUGUGAAAUAAUAAUAAUAAUGGAUUUCCUUAUUUUAAGGCUGAUAAUGAGGGAUGAUUUCGAUACUAAAAUGAAUUCUUUUCUUAUAUUUGAUUCAAUAUGAGUUUUGUAAUGAAUUCUUUGAUAAUGUUAUUUAAUCUAACCAAAAGACUAAUUUCAUCAUAAAAUGGCUUUGGUUACGAAAUCUAACAGCUUAUAUACCUAUAAGGGAUUGAAUCAGUACUGAAAUAUUUAAAAAGCACACACUAAUAAUUCGUUAUCCUAAUAUAUCAAACUUCAUUAAGAAAUAAAGAUGAAAGGCUAAUCUAACAUAAUUAACUACAUCUUGAUGUAAAUAUAGAAUUUAAUGUUUUACUUCACUGUCAGAGAAAUGGUUGUUAUCUUUAUAAUUAUACGUUUAAAUCUAACGCUUCGAUUUUUUUAAGAUUUUCUGGAUCUUCCAUGGGAU